AGUUACAUUUUGUAUAUUUUCCAUUUGUCACGAAAGUGCAUUUUACAGAAUAUGGACUUUCAAAACAGAAAUUCCCUGAACGUUCGAUUAAACAGAGUCUCGGGUAACCUGUUACCGAUGACUAGCAACGAUUCUCCGUUCCCUGUAGCGUGGAGAAUAUACAGCGCCGUUAUAUGGCUGAUCGAAACAAUUUAUAUUAGCGCAAUAAUUCCCGGAAUCUUAUACGUGCCAAUAGAUAAAGCUUUGCGGGAUGGAACGGUCGGCAUGGUGGUUAUCAUAGAAGUGUUUUUUUUAUUAAGACAAAUGCAUGUGCACAGAGAUCUUGUAACUCAACUGAUUCAAAAACUAAAUGAAAUUCUGCGCGUUGGGGAUAAGACAAUGAAGUUUAUCGUGGAUUCGACCUUAAGACCGGUAGAUGUUCCUCUCAAAUUUUAUUGCAUAGCUGGGACUAUAUCUCUUGCAAUGUGGUGCUGUAUAUCUUUUGCGUCGAUUUUGAAGAAGAAAUAUUUUUUCUAUGAGGAUUAUAGGGUACCAAUAGUUCUCUCGAAGCAACCAUUCUCGAUAGAAAUCUUUCUAUUGGGAAAUUGUAUCGUGACUAUUGCUAGCGUGUAUAUAUUUAUAAAAAAGGUUGCUUUGAACGUCUACAUGAUAAAUCUAGUAUUACUAGUAACAGCACAAUAUCGCUACAUCGCGGUGAAGCUCGCAACGAUAUUUCGAGAAAAUAUUCUACAGAGUCAACACGAUGAAUUCGAAAAGGAAUAUUCUAAUGUAAAUUCAUUGGCGAUUCUGAAACUGAAGGCAUUAUGUCGACAUCACAAUGCUAUAGUACGAAUAACUUUAAUGCUAAAGAAAUUGCUAUCUUUAAAUAUGAGUCUAAUAUAUUUGACAAAUGUUUUUAUUCUUUGUUUUCUCGAUGUCAUGCUGAUAAGUGCAGUGAGUAAUAUUUGAUAACGGUAUUAACAUUUUCUAGUUAUACAUGAUUGAAGGUAGAUUUAUGAUACUAUAACGAUAUGUAUGUAAUCUAGAUAUUAUCGAUGGAUUUUCUAGAAGGAAUUAUGAUUGUUAUGUAUAUAUCUGGUGCUCUAGUUGAGCUUUAUAUUUUAUGUUUAUGCGUUAAUCAAUUAUUAGACGCGGUAAGCUUUGUUGAAAUAUAUUUUCACGAUUACACGAUUACGAUUUUUAUUAAAAAAAAUUACAUGCGAAAUUUUGUUAACAAUAUGCUCUACUGAUUCUACAUUAUUGAUUUGAUAAAAAAUAUUAUAUCUACACAUACACAUACACACAUUAAUAUUAUCUUCACGAUAUAUUAAUAUAUACAUUAUCUAUAAGAUAAACAAAAUUCUAUUUUGAAAUUUAACAUGAAUUAAAAUUGCAUAAAAUCAAUUUUAUGUAUUAUUUUGUAUACACUUUAGAGCGUAGAAAUAACAGACAAGGCAUUCCAUGAAGAAUGGUAUCAGUAUGAAUCAUCAUUAAAACAUAUGUUCAGAAUGAUGAUAAUAACUAAUAAUUUAGGAUGUAAACUUUCAGUUUCUGAUAAGUUUAAUCUGUCUUUGCCUUCACUCAUGACGGUAAGACUUAAUAUAUUACUUAUAUUGAACACGUAUGACGACAUCAAUCAUAUAAAUUAUUUUCUCAAUGUUUUAAAAAUUAUUUACAUUGUAGUUAAUAUAUAAUAUUAAUCAAAUAAUAAUAUAAGAAGGGUCAAUAAAUGAGCUGAUUCAAAAUAAUAUAUAAGAGUGUUUGUACUUUAUUAAAAAGGCAUUAAUGAGUACAAUUUUUAUUAGACAAGUUUACUUUUACUCAUUAAUGUCUUUUCAAUAAAGUACAAACACUCAUAUUAUUUUGAAUAAGGUUAUUUAUUGACUCAGAAUAUUUUGAAAGCUAGUAAUUAUUUUAUUUCGUAUAAUUUCUAUUAGACAAAUUUAUUUUUACUUAUUAAUGUCUUUUUAAUAAAGUACAAACAUUCUUAUAUUAUUUUGAAUUAGCUCGUUUAUUGACCCUUUUUAUAUUAUUAUUUGCAGUGUAUUACCGAGCCUUAUUAUUUUGAUCUUUACAUAUAAUAUUAAUAUUAUUAGCGCUUACUUUUUUCCAAAUUUUCUCUUGUUUCUUACAGAUUUUGAAUCAGUCAUAUUCGUUUGCUCUUCUGUUUUUAAGAAUAAAGUAAAAACUUACGAGGUAUGAUUCUCCUGUUUGGUGCAAAUAUUUUUGUUAUAUCUGUUAUAUUUUGUGCUUUUUUAAUCUUCAAUGACACUUUAUAAACGCUUAUAUGUGGCAAACAAUUUAUAUUGGUACUAAAUGAUAUAUGUUUUGUUUUAGUUCUAAAGAACAGCAGAAUUUAAUUAAAAUUAAUAAUUAAGUAGUAAUCCAAAUAUUAUGUAUAUAAUUUAUAAAUGUAUAUAUAUUUAUAUAUAUAAGUGUAUACUCAGGUAUAGAGUAAAAAUAAAAAUUUAAUCAACUACGAAAUAUUUUAUAUCUUUACCACGGUUCUUCAUACUUAAUAUCAAAUGUUGAAGAGAAAUAAAUAUUUAAGUUAUCCACAAAUUGUUUUGCUUAUAUUAUAAUAUUUAUACUGUUUACAUGAUAAAAAUUACAUUAUUAGUUUUAUAAUUUUAAUUGCGUAAUUUUACAAGUUUAUCAUUAACAGCAGUGUAAUAUUGUUAGAGAAAAUAGGUAUUUAUUUUAAUACCACAUAGUAAAACAUAUUUUAAUAUUGUGAAAUACACCGCGAACACGCUGCAGAUUUUGUUAGCAUUACUGACACAGUUUUAUAUACAAUUUGCUCUAAGAAUUAUUUUAGUCGUUUUCUAACGACAAAAUACGUAUUAAACAGCAUUAACAACAGAUACUGCGACUUCUUCGCAAUUCACAGUCUUGCGAUGAAGCCAUGCGCGGAAUUAAGAAAGUACUAUAAGAUAAUCAUUGCUGUGUGAACGCGGAUAG